UGUAUAUUUGUCAUCCCAAACUCCCCCUAUCAGAUACACUUGUGAACACCAGAGUCCACACUAAACAGACACACACUCUCUCUCGUACGCAUCCAUACACAGGGAUGAUCUCACAGGCUUUCACUGAUUUAGCCAAACACAAUUAGUCCUCUCUCUCUAUCUUCCCCCCUCUCUGUAAACACACCAAGCCCAACGCCCCAACCCCAACCCCCUCUUCUAUUCACCAUUUCCCAACCAACCCGUCCAACCACUUCCUCUCAUGCAUUCAUGAUUUGGGUCUCCGGAGCCCAUUCAUCUCUGGGGGCGGCGCCGGCGGGUAAAAGAUUCAAUCUUGCUUCCAAUUCAGACAAGUUCAGCUCAAAUUGCAGUAAUGGGUUGCUUGGUUUCUCAGCUGGCGUCGAAGUUCGCCUUCUUUCCGCCCUCUCCGGCGACCUACCAGGUCAAGAAGCGCGGAGAUGGGCACCUCGUCGCCGUCUCCACCGCGUCUUCCAUACCCAUCGCCGGCGACGCCGACGACCCCUCUAUUGAUGUCCUCCGGCUCCAAACGAAAAGAGGAAACAAGAUUGUAGCUUUUUACCUCAAGAACCCGUACGCUAGGCUCACUCUGUUGUACUCUCACGGCAAUGCGGCUGAUCUCGGCCAGCUUUAUGACUUGUUUCUUCAGCUUAAAGCUAACCUCAGAGUCAACCUCAUGGGGUAUGUUUUCCCUUGGCCAUCUUUCUUGAGCUCGGAUAGAAACAAAAGGGAAAAAAUCAAAUCUUUUUCCUUUUUUAUUCCUUACUGGGCCAGUGUAUGUUUAUUAGCUGUAUUUAGAAAUGGUCUUUGCGCAGCUAUUCAUCUUUUCCCUUGUUUAAUUGUUUGGAGUAAAUUUAUUUACUCCCUAUUAAUUUGGUGAAGUGUUUGCUUGGAUAUGAUAUGACUAUUCUGGCUAUGGAGCUUCCUCAGGGAAGCCAACUGAGUUUGAUACAUAUGCUGAUAUUGAGGCAGUAUAUGAGUGUCUUGAAACUCAGUAUGGAGUUAGCCAGGAAGAUUUGAUUUUGUACGGACAGUCCGUUGGAAGCGGGCCCACAUUGCACUUGGCUGCUCGAUUGCCGAGGUUGAGAGGUGUUGUUCUGCAUAGUGGCAUUCUCUCUGGUCUUCGUGUGCUUUGUCAUGUGAAGUUCACAUUUUGUUUUGACAUUUAUAAGAAUGUAAACAAGAUUCAAAAGGUCAAAUCUCCGGUGCUUGUAAUACAUGGAACAGAAGAUGAGGUUGUGAACUGGCUGCAUGGGGACAUUCUAUGGAAAAUGGCAAGGGACCCGUACGAGCCGUUGUGGAUAAAAGGCGGAGGGCAUUGCAACUUAGAGCUUUACCCUGACUACAUUAGACACCUUUGCCACUUUGUCCAAGCAAUGGAGAACAUGGACACAAAGGCUCAACUCCAAAAGAUUCGGCCCACACUCCUCCCUCCGCCGAAGAAGAGAUCAAACACUCUCCCUCCUUGCUGCUGCUUUGAACGGCGCAAGCCCAAAUGCCUGAAAUGCUCUUGUUGGCCCACAUGUGGGGAAUGCCACCAGAAAUGCUCUUGCUGGCCUAAGUCGAUGGAAUGCGCAAAAGGUUCUUGUUGCCCGAAAUUAUCAAAAUGCUCUUGUUGGCCCAUAUGCGUCGCAAAAGGCUCGUGCUUCCCGGAAUCAUCAAAAUGCUCUUGUGGGUCCAAAUGCAUGGACCACACAAAAUGCUCUUGCUGCCCGAGAUGGAAACCGAAUUGCCCGAAGAGCGAGUGUUUCGAACCGGGAUGCAUGAGAUGCUGGUGUUGGUGCUCACAAUUCUCGUGCAGGCGCCCGAAAUGUUGGUGUUGGUGAUAGGGGAUGGAGGAGGGUCUUAUAGAGACUUACAAAGUUGUAUAGCAGAGUGUAGCCAGUAUCCCUUUAAUGUAUGCAAUAAUCUUAGAUUCUUAGCCCUCAGAUGAAAUUAUUGUUAGGUAAUUCCCUUAGGCGACUGCCUUCCAGCUUCUUCAUAUAUAUAAUGAUAAAAUAUAAUUGUGAUUUAGAUCAUCUAAACACUUGACAAAGUACUUGACUUUGUAGUCGCGUCUGUAAUUAAACUAAUUGUGAGUUCAUUGGUUG